AUGCUAGGUAGCCUUGCGGGGGGUGGCUUGUGCCGACAGGUCAACAGCCGUCAGUGCCAGCCCCCAAGAGCCGCUUCGGCACUCCCCCGCCCCGUGCCGACCUCGCUUGCUGCUAGCCUCCUCUACGCAAUAGUAGGGGCCGCCGUAGUUAAAGGUCGGCACCCCGCUGGAGCUUAUCGGCCCGGCUGGAACCUCUCUCACAAGACAAGAUCACGUGAUGUCGUGCCUCGCCCAAGUCAGUCUAUCCGCGUUGAACGCGAAGGCAGCAUUUCUCCACGAACGCCCUUGAGACGAAAGCCAACCAGUAGCCGUUUUCCACAACGUCCAACGCUGCAAGCCGGCCUGACGAGGAGCGGGUUCAGGAAACUUGAUUUAGCAAGAUGUGUGAGUUCGCCUACUAGCAGUCCGUCUUCCAACGUAGCUAACAACACUCAAGCGAAAAUUGACAAGUUAUCUAUUCUUGGUGUGCGGUCGUUUGACAACACCCGCAGCGAAACUAUCCAAUUCCAUACCCCGUUGACACUGAUCGUCGGCUACAAUGGUUCCGGGAAGACGACCAUCAUUGAAUGCCUCAAAUAUGCGACUACUGGAGACCUCCCCCCAAAUAGUAAAGGCGGUGCCUUUAUUCACGAUCCGAAGUUAUGUGGCGAGAAAGAGGUCCUGGCGCAAGUAAAGCUCUCGUUCAAGUCUAUGUCGGGAGCGAGGAUGGUUGCGACACGCAGUCUUCAGCUUACCGUGAAGAAAACGACGAGACAACAGAAAACCUUGGAAGGCCAGCUCCUGAUGGUUAAGGACGGCGAACGAACGUCCAUUUCUUCGAGAGUGGCCGAACUUGAUCAGAUUAUGCCUCAGUAUCUAGGUGUUUCAAAAGCCAUCCUCGACUCUGUCAUCUUCUGCCAUCAGGAUGAGAGUCUGUGGCCAAUGAGUGAGCCCUCCGUUCUAAAGAAGAAGUUCGACGAGAUAUUUGAAGCCUUGAAGUACACAAAGGCUAUCGAUAAUAUCAAAGCACUUCGGAAAAAGCAGAAUGAAGAACUCUCUAAAUUCAAGAUCAUGGAACAGCAUGCAAAAGAAAAUAAGGAUAAAGCUGACCGCGCGGAAAAACGAUCAAUCAAAUUGCAAGAGGAGAUUGAGGCGCUACGUGCUGAGAGCCAUGAGCUCUCACAGCAGAUGAGAAAAGCCGCAGAACUAGCAGACAAGGCCUGGAAAGAGUCGGAAAGUUAUGCGCAAAUUCUUGGCACAUUGGAAGGAAAGCGGAUAGAAGCCAAGAGCAUCCAGGCCAGCAUCACCAACCUACAAGAACAUCUUGUUGAGGUGGAUGAGUCCGAUGAAUGGCUUGAAAGGACUUUGGACCAAUUCGAGUCACAACAAAUCCAGUAUCGAGAACAAGAAGAAUCGCUCAAGGAAAAAUAUAUGGAGCUCAAACAAGUGAUUGAAGACAAUCGAACAAGGCUAGGGCUUAAACAAGCUGAAUAUGGCAAACACGAAAAUGACAAGGCUCAGUUCGAACGACAACUUAGAAGGCGCGAGAAAUUGAUUAAAGAAAUUGCCAGACAGAAUAACAUUCGUGGGUUUGACGAUGACCUCGACGACAUGCAGGUUAGCGAUUUCAUGCAGCGAAUUCGAAAGCUAUCUAAAGAUCAAAACCAAACUUUAGAGAGAGCCCGACGGGAAGCCCAGAUGGAACUGCGUGAAGUACAGAGCCUUCUAAACCAACUCAGCCAACGGAAAUCAACCCUACAAGAAGUGAAAAACGCUUCAAGAAAGCAGAUAUCGUCUAAUGAUAUUGAGGCAGAUUCCCACCAAAGGCGUCUAGAUGAAAUUGACAUAGAUGAGGGUAGUAAAGCUGUUUUGGAGUCAAGAAUUGAAGAAACCGAACGUUCCUUACAUGAAGCGAAGGAAAAAGCAAAGGCCGCAUCUUGGGACAGUGCGAUCCAAGGCAAAACCUCCGAAAUUCGAUUGUUGGAGGAUGAGAGCUCGAAACUGAAUGCGGAGCUGAUUGAAGGGACCAAGAGAGCCGGGGAUCUUGCGCGACUAGACCAUCUCAAGAAGGAGCUUAAGGAUCGCGAACGCAGCCUCGAAACUAUGGAAGGGGCACACAGUGACAGAAUCAAGAAAUUUUUAACUCGGGAAUGGAAUCCAUCUACACUCGAUCAGGAAUAUCAAAGAGCAUUGCAGGAAACCACCAAUGCAUUGACCCGCGUCGAACGUGAUAGAGAUGGUGUUAGUAGGGAACUAGAACACGCUGAGUUCAAAUUGAAAACAACCCGAAAGGAUCUCCAGCAGCGUCGAAAUGAACUGAAACAAUGCAUCCAAAAAAUACGUGAUGCUGUUGACGACGAACCCGCCGAGUAUCCCGACAUACUUAAGCAACGACAAGUACAGCUUGAUAUGGCUAAGAAGGAUGCCGAUCAGUAUGCUGGCCUGGGAGAGUACCUCAGCAAAUGCAUGGACGCAGCUAAGCAAAAGAAGGUAUGCCGAAUGUGUUCCAGACCUUUCAAAACUGAAGGCGAAUUCCAAAUUUUCCUCAAUAAGCUCGAUGCUCUAGUAAAAAGAGCUACGCAGGAUGCUGUUGAUGAAAGCAUGCAACAGCUGGAGGAAGAUCUAGAGGCAGCUCAAGGUGUUUCUACCUUCUAUGACACUUGGGUUCGCCUUUCCACCACUGAGAUUCCGGCGCUUGAAAAAGAGGAGUCUCAACUUGAGUCUCAACGAGAGGAGUUGCUAUCCCAGAUCGAGGACCAUGACAAGAUCGUUAGCGAACGCGUGGAGUCUAAAAAGAACGUUGAAUCUCUAUCGAAAACAGUUGCGACGAUUUCAAAAUAUGAUGGUGAAAUCAAAACCCUUCGAUCGCAGGUCCAGGACCUUUUGGCAAACCAACAAGAUGUCAGCGGCUCCCGAACAUUGGAAGAUAUCCAGGAGCAGAUUUCUGCGAUUGGAGAAAAGUCUCGCGAGCUUCAGAAAAUCAUUUCGAAGUUGAAUAAUGAGAAGGAUCAGUCGCGAACCGAGAUCACAGCCCUUGAGUUAAAACUUCGAGAUGUGCGAAGCAACUUGGACAAUGCCAACUAUCAACUAGAGAAGAAAGCGAGCCUCGCUGCCCGUGUCGAAGAAUAUCGUAAGCUGAAUGCUAAACAUCGUGAAAGCAUUGAAAAGGCGGAUCAUGAUAUUGAGAGUCUUGUUCCUGAGGUUUCAAAAGCACAGGCUAGGUAUGAUGACAUUGCCUCUCGGGCUGAAGCUAGGGAACAUGAGCUACAACUAGAAGCAUCCCAGCUGUCUGACAGUUUGCAUCAACUUGACCUGGCGAAUGAAGAGAUCACCUCUUACAAUGAGCGAGGCGGUCCGGCACAAUUGAUCAAGUGUGAAAAAGAAGUACACAACUUAGAAUCGGAAAUUGCGAGCUUGGAAAAAGAGCAGGGGUCAAUAACCAAGGACAUCAAUGCAAUUUCAACCAGGCUUAAAGAUAGCGAAAACACAAAGCGACAGUACGCUGAUAAUCUUCGAUACCGGCGGGAAACAGCAGCACUCGAAGAUGUAAACGCAACCAUUGAGGAAUUGUCCGCCCAGAAUGCGGAAGUGGAUCGCAGCCGUUUUAGGGAGGAAUCGGAGCGACGAACACGAGAGCACAACGCCCUAUCAGCGAGACAGGCGAGCAAGAUGGGGGAAAUGAAGUCAAAGGAUGAUCAACUCAUGCAGCUGUUGGCCGACUGGAAUACCGACUAUAAAGACGCUACAGUCAAGUUCAAAGAGGCCCAUAUCAAGGUAGAAACAACGAAGGCGGCAGUCGACGAUCUUGGUCGCUAUGGUAGUGCUCUUGAUAAGGCUAUCAUGAAGUAUCACAGUCUAAAAAUGGAGGAAAUUAACCGUAUUAUCGAAGAGCUCUGGCAGAAGACGUAUAGGGGAACGGACGUGGACACUAUCCUAAUCCGCUCUGACAACGAAAACGCCAAGGGAAACCGAUCCUACAACUAUCGCGUCUGCAUGGUAAAGCAAGACGCAGAGAUGGACAUGCGUGGCCGCUGCAGUGCAGGCCAGAAGGUCCUCGCGAGCAUCAUCAUACGUCUUGCCCUUGCGGAAUGCUUUGGUGUCAAUUGCGGCCUGAUCGCGCUGGACGAGCCCACGACGAAUCUUGACAGAGAUAAUAUUCGCUCCCUUGCCGAAUCGUUGCAUGACAUUAUCAAGUCACGCCAGCAGCAGGCUAAUUUCCAGCUCAUUGUCAUCACACAUGAUGAGGAGUUCCUGCGACAUAUGCAGUGUGGUGAUUUUAGCGAUUACUACUACCGCGUUUCGAGGAAUGAGAGGCAGAAAUCUAUUAUUGAGAGACAAUCUAUUGCAGCUGUCAUGUAA